GCUGUGAGGAGGGUUGGACCAAAGGAAAGGAGAACUCGAGGCCCCAAAAGGAAGAACGGGAGGGAGGCGGUGAUGCUCUUUUUCCAUCACUUGAGGGUUGAGGACUUGAGGUGUUAGUGUCUCCAGAUUCAUCGUGAGAGCAGCCGGGUAAGUUUUGUGCCAUGACGUAGCCAUGACCUCGCACCAGGAACCCCAGCAAGCCAGAGCCAAGCAGCAACACCCCGUGGCGAAGGACACCAACCCGCUCCUCAAGGCCAAAGAGUAUGGUCACAGUUUAAGCAGCAGUGAACCUGAUGUAAGCACCUCAACAGAAAAUUUGAGCCCCGAGGAGCGUUAUGCCCUAGAGCACACUCAGCGGCAGGAGCCUCAGGGCCAGGAGAAUGUUAGCGCAGCAAACAUGGCCAACAAUCCAGCACCUGACCCACUGAUGAGUGGAAUGUCCAAUCACAGGUCUAAUGAAUGUAAUGCCUCUAUUAGUAGCAGCACAAACACAUUGAUAAUUCAUAAUUCUGUGAACGAUGACUCGUGGCACCACCGAUGGGGCCUUGGAGGAUACUCAAGCACAGGCAGGAAGCCCAUGUCUGCAAGUCUUCUUGACGGCCAGGAUACUGGACCUCAACAGUACACAAGUCAGGCCCAUCAACUCAACAUGGAAUCUCUCAAGCUGAACUCCUCACUACUCAACACACCACUCUCGGAGUCCUCCGCUGCCAAAUCGAACAUUCUUUCCUCCACCUUGCUGAACUCUUCUCUCCUGGACUCCUCCAUGCUGUCUCAGAAAACCUGUGUGCCUUACUUAAAUCACAGUAGCAUUCCCGGCUCCCCAAAAUUGUCCUCUCGCUCAUCCGUUAACUAUCAGACCUCCACCGACUUGCCAGAUAUUCCUUCCUCCUACCUGGACCAGUCUGAGGUGCUGAAACACCUUCUGAGGAGAGAGGGAAAAGGGAGUGGGUGCAGUGACCAAAGUGCAUCCAGCUCCAACAGUGGCAUCAAUUUGAUGACAGACAAUAGCAGUGCAAUGACGAGAGAUUUAUCUCAAGCUCCUCUGUUUAGAGAUUUAUCUCAAGCUCCUCUGUUUAGAGAUUUAUCUCAAGCUCCUCUGUUUAGAGAUUUAGAUUCUAGUGGAAGCUAUGAUCUGUUAAACUUACCGCCUCCACCAGCGUAUCCUAUGUGGCGAUCAAAGCAGUCGGAAAAGUUAGAGAAGCAAGGUGAAUAUGGAAACCAUACUUCAGAGAAGGCCAGCUUGUCAAAGUCACAGCCCGAUUUGACGAAAAUCAACAGCACCAAAGAUGGGUCUAGUCCCAAGGAGCUUCUGAGUCAAAGGGUUGUUUCAGGACAGACUGAUUAUGAAGAUGGUCCUAUGCAAGAAGUAGCUGAUAUACUAGCUCAGGAAAAUAGUGCCUUAAAACUUGAAGUGGAUAUGUACCAUAGGAAGGUUGCAAAGCUUCAGCGGUUUGAGAUGGAGAUCGUUAAGGUGCAUGAGGCCCACCAAGCGCUUAUCAAAUCCUCUGAGCGCCGGGAGCAUCUGGAGCGGCUGGCCCGACAUAAGCUGCAUGCAGAGGUGAAGCGACUGACAGAGCUGAAUGCCGACCUCAAGGACCAGAUUGAUGUUCUCUCCACUCAGAUAUCCAGUCGCCCUCUGUCCAGUGACACCAGUGACGCACUCCGCAAGGACCUGAACAAGAGAGACGUAUUCAUUGCUCAGCUCAUAUCACAGAAUAAAGAGCUGAUUGCUGCAAAAGAAAGACAGGAGAUUGAACUGGCUGCACAGAAACAGACUCUAAAUGAACAGCGAUCACACAUUGAUAUUUUAGAUUCUGCCUUGACCAAUGCUCAAGCCAAUGUUGUUAAGUUGGAGGAGGAGUUGCGGAAGAAGCAGCACAUCGUGGAACAAGCAGGGCAGCUCAAGCGCUUCAUAGUAUCCCUUCAGUUGGCUGCAGACAAAAGGGAACAGUCAGAAAGGAAUUUGCGUAAUAAGCUGGAAAAAGAAGUGGAAGCGCUGCGUCUUGGCUCAAAACAAGAAGAUCCAGGGAGUAGGAUAAGUGACUUGCAGCGCGAGCUUCGGGAGAAGGAGGAAAAGAUCAUGAUCCUAGAGGGCGAGGUCACAAAGUGGGAGCAGCGCUACCUCCAGGAGUCAGCCAUGCGGCAGCUGGCCAUUGAUGCAGCAUCGAUGCCCAAGGAUGCCAAAAUCGCUGCAUUGGAGAAGAGCAACCAAGAAAGUGAGCGCUCCUUUAGUCAGACAAAGUCAGAUAAGUUGCGUCAGUUGGAGGAAAUGCACAACAUGAGCAAGAAACAGGUUGAGUAUGAAGCAAGGAACCGAGAAUUGGAAAGCCAUAUUGCUGAAAAGGAUGCUAUGAUUAGGGUACUGCAGAGGAGAGUUGAAGAGAAAGAUGUACUGUAUCAAAAAGCUCUUAUAAGAACAACACUUGGCAGUGGGAAAAGCCUUGAUGGGCAGAGCAGCAGCAACACCAGUGUAGUUCACAGCUCACAGGCCUCCACAGUGCACUCCCACAGUAGCAGUGGGCUGGGAUGUGGUGGGGUUGGCUCCAGCACCCCAGUGUCGCUGAGCCAAGAGCUUCACUCCCUGGGCUCGGUGGGACGGUCCCGGGAGCUGGCUGCUGAGCGGCGUAGGAUGGACACCCACACUGAAGGAGGAAGUCAGUCCACAAUGGCUGGUUUGAACUCGGAAGCUCCAGGCGCUGAUGAUCUGCUUCUAGACAAUGAAGAUGCAAUGCUUGGCAAGCUGCGUGUGGUGUGUUUUCCAGGAUUGGUUAAUACAAGCUCUGCAGCUGGAGAAGGCACGAUUUCCCAGCCACUACUGGCGAGUGUAGACAGGCACCCCUCGGUGCUCCUGCAUAACCAACAACCUUCCAAUGACUUGUCAUUCCUUACCAUCAACAAGGGAUCAGAGCAUCCUUGUGGUAUACAGACAACAUCCUACAGUGACAUAUCUGGCCCCCCUCCUCCUCAGUAUGAUUCUCCACCUGCAUAUGCACCUGAUGCCACAGCAAGGGUUCCCUCAGCAAGAGAGUUCUCGGUCUUGAGCAUGGCACAGCCACAAAAUCUUCCAUGUCACUCAUCAGUCAGUGCUCCUCGAGGUGCUCCUCCCCCAUACCACGGACACCAUGAGCUGCUCUCCCAAGGCAGUACUGGACUUCAAUCACAGUCUUACUAUCCUUCCGAGCAUGCAUCUCCACCUUUAGUGCCAGACAGCCCGCCCAUCCACGUGAAGCGAGAUAUGAUAUCUCCAAGCGCACCCAAUCUUUCUGCAGACAUGCCUUUGCCUCGGCCCCCAAUAUGUCGCAAUCCACACCACCCGACAGUUGCAUGCAGGAAGUGCAACAGUGUGCGCAGCAGCAACAGACACAAUGCUGCUAUUCUAGUUCGUCGUGCCAAUUCAAGUGUUGGCCAUGGCUACAGAAAUUCAAGACCAGUAUCGUCAUGCCAGGCAGACGAUGACACAGAUGACACCCCAAGUAUAUUAGCUCGUCUCAGAAGAGAAUGGGAAAUGGGUAAUAUCCCUUCUAUUGAGAAUCCAUCUGGAAGCAAGACUGAGGCACCUCCCCACAACACUUCUCAAAAUUCCCAGUUUAAUGAUAAAAGGGAAAGUGUCAGAAAUGUUAAAGAACCAUGCCAAGGACAGCAAGUACCAUCAAAUAAGGGACUACCAAACCAGCAGAGUGACUCAACAAACAGCAAAUCGCCAGAGCCUCUAAGAAAGGAAAUUCAAUCCUCCACUUCUAAGGACAAAUCAAAUAAAGGUAAGUCAAUGAAGCAAAGCUCCACAGCAGCAGUGGGUAAUGCAGGACAAGACAAAACUGUAGUCAAAUCUACAUCAGUGUCAUCUAGUGACAGUACUGGACCAGCUGUGGCCUCACCCACUACAAAACAGAAUCUGUCUUUCAGAAUACAAAAUCUGUUCAAUCAUCCAACACAGGGGUCGGAUUCUGUCAGUAAAGGCUCAGGGAAGGAUUACCUUAAUAACAAAGUUAAUCAGGAACAAAAGAAAAAUGAUAUUAAUCAGCUGAAUAAUAACCAAGAAAAAAUAGAACUCAUAAUUUUAGAAGAUGCUGAUCAACUUAAAACCUCAAAAGACAUCACAAAACCACUGCAGGAUGUUAUCUGAUGUUUGAUUCCCAUUUGGAUUCAAUGAAGGAAUUAGUAAGGAGUAUGUUCUCCCACUGAGAUAUGAAUCUCAUUGUUCACAACUCCUUUGAAAUGAAGUUACUGGAGUUAAACCUCAUGAGGAUGACCUAUGACAAAUUAGCUUACUUCAUGGGGAUCAAAUUGAAGGUCCAUUUGAAACUCCUAUUUUCUGUCAUUAUUUCCAUAAAAAGUUGCAUUCCUUUCAUGUAACUUUGGCUUUGAGAAGGAUAAUGAAAUCCUUCAGAGCAAAGCUUGAUAUCAGCAUGAGUUGGUACAAUGCUGGGUAUGAUGAUAGAAACUGUAGGUUCAGUAACUUCUCAGCAGGCUUUGUAUUCUCUACGAAACGUCCUGUACAUCUGAAACUGAUGAAGUAAUCAGUUUUGAAAUAUAAAAUGGAAGGUGUAUUCAAUGUACUAUAUUGAACCAUAUGCAUAUGAAUUGACCUAACUAAGCAUAUUAGCACAACAUUUACUACUGAAAUUCAUGUAUUUUCAAAACCACUUGAGUAAUUAUUUUUAUCUUACAAUGAAAACCAGGCACUGAAAAUAAAUGACUAGUUAUUUGAGAUUAUGUAUCAGCUGUAGCUUUCAUGCAGUGCCUCCCUUUAGCGAGUGGGUCAUGUGUUUUUUGUGAAACACAUUUCCCUGUUUUCUAAGACCACGAACCUGACAGCUUUGUGUGGCCCUGCACUUCCCAUGAACACAGUUUUUCAUGGAGUAUUUGAGGUAAUGAAGAGUCUGUAGGGGGAGCAAAUACUUAACAAUGGUUCCUAAUGUAAACUGGUCAGCACUAUGGUUGCAAACUUUUAGUUUUUAGUAAUGUGCCAUUUUAAUGUCACUGAAAAGUGCAGAAUGGUGAGUAAGCCAAUCAGUGCUUCAUAAAAUGAGUUAUUGUGUCGUGUUCCCGAUCCCUCUUGGUAUGUUCUGUUGUGUUUGAAGUAUGGAUCUCUGCAGUGGCAGUCAUUGCUACAUUUCUAAUCUGGAAAGCUGUUUACAAGGGGAAAGAUUUUGAGCAAGACUUUCUGGAGCACGAAAUGGUGUGAGGGGCAGUGUUGCUGAUAUACAUGUAAAUAUUUCAGUAUGAGGCGAGACCUUCAGUAUGCUGGCAGGUAAACAAAGCUCAUUGAACUAUGAUAACAUUGUACCUCACACAAUGAUAAUAAAAUUAAAUGGUAAGGAAAGCUUAAUAACUUUCAUUGAAUUGCAAUUCAGCAAAACCAUGACAUAAUGCAUAGAUUCCAAAUACUUGAUUCAUAUUGCAGUUUAUUAAAUAACAGUUUUGAAGUCAACAAGAAAAGUAAUUGUUUCCGGGUAUCAAACACCCUAAAAAAAUACUCAUUUUUCAGUGUGAAGGAUAUUAUUAGGGCAGAGGGGAGAUACCUUGAUAGGGAAGACAAGUGGGAAAUAUUUAUUUCCAAAAAUUGUCUUGGAGAGGGUGACUGGUUUUUGUGAACUUAUUCCUCAUAACAAACAAAUUAAACGGAAAAAACAAACCAAACCCUCACUUAUGAUAUUAACCGUGUGUGGCCUAGCCAGGCAAGCUGUCUACCUUUUGUUAAUGAGGAUACAAAGUUUUGUGAGCGAGUUCAUUUGAACUGAGUGUUUUUUAACAUAAUACCUGCUAAAUUAUGUAUUGUGGAUAUUUAAUGAGCAGACUUUGGCAGGAAUUCUAUCGUGAUUUAAGAAACCUGUCAUGGAUGGCUCCACAGCUCUCUCAGUUGAUGUUUUCAUCUCAGUGCUGUGUGGCAUAACACCAUUAUAGCCCAUUCCAAAUCAGAAUGACAGCAGACUCGCCCACUAUUUUCUUCUUGAUCUUGACGGCCAAAGUGGCAGCCCAUCAGUGGCUGAAUCCUUCACUUCAUUCCAGGUGUGGCCCGGGCAACAUCUCUGUUGCCUGCAGGCAGCCUGACAAAGGUCUUGAGAUGUUGAAAGACAGCUUCCCUCAUUCGAUUGAUCAAUUAUUCAUAUUUCAUUCUUUGGGGACGAUGGCUAUGGAAUUUGUAACAGCCCCCCAUUAGCCACUAGCCGCGGCAGGGGCUGGACCACCACCCCGGAAGGUGGGACAUGAGCCCUGCCCGACUUAUAGAAUAUAUACCAUAGCUAAUGAAGUAAGGAUAGUAAUUACUGAAAAUUCAUAGAUCAGCCUUUUCAAAAUAUAAUCAGAUAUAAUAAAUAUCAAAAGAUUUCACAUUUUUUAAAAUGAUUUUUCUCUCAUCAUGGCCUUCAAGUUACUAUACAUGCUCAGCAUAGACCUUUAUAGAAGUUAAAAUACCAUGGUAUGGUAAUGUUGAGGUGUGAUGAAAUAUUUCAACAUCUCAAAACCUGUUACGUGAUCUGCCGGCCACCGUGUGGAACAUUGUAUGGAGGCAAGGUCUGGAGUAGAGGAUACCAGUGAUGUGGUUGGCUGCUGCUUCAUACAGUCAAGAUUGAAAAUAUAGUGGGUUUGGUCGACUAGAACUCUUAUUUGAAAUGGCUGUAGGUUAAAUAAUAAGGCUUUAGAACCAGGCAAUUCCAUCCAUCUUGUCUCCUGUAAUCAAUUCACCAUACUCUUAAGACUGUCACUUGGGUCACAAACUGCUCAUAGUUUAGUGAGAUAGUCUGAUAUGUUCUACUACUCUUUUCCCCAUCAAGGAGCCUUAUGUAAUACAGUGGUGUAUUAAGUGAGAAGUGAUACUUGGUCUACUGAAUGGGACAGUUUUGCUUUGUUGCUCGAGGUAACAUUUCAUGUGCAACACUGAUAUUUGUUUCCCUCCAUGAACAUUGCUAGCUCACGGCUGGUUGUGUAGUCCCUUACUAACUUAAAAGGAACACACACACACACACACAUAUAUAUAUAUAUAUAUAUAUAUAUAUAUAUAUAUAUAUAUAUAUAUAUAUAUAUAUAUAUAUAUAUAUAUAUAUAUAUAUAUAUAUAUAUAUAUAUAUAUAUAUAUAUAUAUAUAUAUAUAUAUAUAUAUAUAUAUAUAAAAUUACAUAUUUGCUCAUCAAAGCUACUCAUUUCAUCCAUCCACAACCAGUAUUAGAAUGUAUAGUCUUCAGAGAGAAAUAGUAUUUCUGUAUGUAUAUCGUCCAUCUGGUUAGGAAUGUAUACUCAAUAUGAAAUGUACAGCAGGUGAUUAGUUUUCAAAAGAAAUGAACAAAAAUUUUCUACUAUUGGUGCAGUUGUGGAAUGUUUGGGUUUUUAACCCAAACAGUGAUUGUACAUGUUUUUGCAGCACUUCAGUCACACAAUAGCUUCAUUACUUUCUGUCCAGGAGGAAGGCAAACCAUUGGAUUUUACACACACUGCAGCUUUCCUUUCAGGAGCACAAGUCUAAAAUAUGCACAGUAAUAGGAUGCAGUCAAAGUUUACUAAAUAACCUUGUCUGGCACAUCUGAAAUUAUUGACUUGCCUCCCUACCAUCUCAGAGUGUGUUGUUACUGUAAUGUGGCUGCUGUGCACCAGAACAAAAUGCUUUAUAAUAUAGGUGUAAAGGUUCCAACAAUUGAUGGCAAAGCACUUAUUGUAUGUUUCAGAGCUGGACUCUGUUACUUUACUCAGUUUCAGGACUUCACAUCAUGUGAUGUGUAAUCUUUUGAGUAAGAAUAUUUCAUGCAAGUCAUCAGCAUUAGAAGCUGCAUUUGUUGGCUUUUUUUUUUAUUUUUUUUUUUUUAUUAUUAUUAGAUCUGAAAAAUCUCUGCCAUUCGAACUGCAAUAUCAAAGCACUGAAUGCCUUAUAUUAAGUGAGUCAGCAUAGCUUGUCAAACGUGUCUGCAACUAUUUGGUGCCAAGACUGGAACUAUUUUGCUAUCGCUUCCUGUUACGAGGGUGUUUGUUUUCAUAGCUCAGAACAGGUCUCUGUAUGUUCAUAUUUAGCUUUUGAAAGUACAGUAAACUCACACUUUUACAGACCUUGAUAUAAAGACUUUUUUGCCGUAAACUUUUUGAACCAGUCUGGUAUAUGUGUGGAUUUACCAAACAAAUUUGGUUAGUGCAGGGUUUGGCUCAGUGGUGGGCUGGCCAAACGUGUACAUGCACAUUGGUCGGUGACGAUGGAAACAAAACUGACCAGGUGGCGCAUGUCAAGUCAAUCUAGCCUUGUCUGCCUGACUGUAAACAGCUUCACUUUUGUCCUUGUGUGACUCAAUUCUCAUCAAAUAUAACAAACAAACUACGUUAUAUUUGGAAAUUGUCAGAAAUAGUGAACCUUCAGCUCGUUUAACAAAGUUUGUUAUGUACGAAAAGUUCUGAUCGCUUGGAUAUAAUGGAUUUUUUAAUAUAAUGUCACCCCCUUCCACCAAUUGGUUUUUAAAGUGAGGGUUUACUUAACCUGAAACUGAAUGAUGUUUUAAUUUUACUAUGACAAGUGAUUUUUGAAAUAGGUUGAUAUGGAAUGUGUGUGUGAAGGUAAAAUAUUUAAGAGCUUCUCUGUGCAAUGAUAUGAACAUUUUUUCUGGGCAGGAGAUUGUAUGAAGCAAGGACAGUAUGUUCAGUUGUCUGUCAUUAUAUUGCAGAUUCAUUUUUUUGUCUCAUACUUUUCAAGCUUGACACUACUUGAACAAGUAAUGAUUGCUGAAUAUGAAAAAAAAGCAUAAUAUAUGUAAUGUGUUUGUUGAUUUAAUUGUAUAUAUACAACUGUGAAAAUUGCAAAUAUGUUAAUUUACUAGACCAAUAAUGUAAAAAAUGAAGGAACUGCCUUAGUUGAAUGAAUUAGGAUGACUUUUUUUUUUACCAUGUCUUGAAUUUAAGUUGGUGUACCUGUGACGUGUGCCUUCCUGUCCAGCGUGCAGCACAGAAAUGACUCAGAGCUGAAAAUUUUGUGGUCACAAUUAAAAUAACUUUCAAUAGAUUUAGUGAAAAUAAUUCUGUUGUAAGAAUUAUUAAAGAAAUAUUUGCUCAUGAGAAAAGUAGCACUUUGUACUGGAACAUUUACAUACUGGUACAACACUACUGUAGUCCAUACCUGAAAUGGUUUGGAAAAAUAUUACGCACGUUUAAAGAUUUUAGUCUGAACAUUUUGCUGCUUUUUGCGAUGAAAUAGAUCCAUGGCUUCAGCCAUUACUGAUUUAGAAUAGAAUGGGGUUUAAAAAUCAUAUUAGAAAAGUUAGCACUCGAAGUAUGGGACAAUUAUGAAUUUUAUAUCUUCCCUUGAAAUUUGACAAGACUUCACAUUACAUAGUUGCUGGAUUACAUAAUUACUUAUCUUAAGACAGCCGUCCGUCUAUGCCACUGAAUAGCAUCCUGAUAUAUGCUGUCUUGACAGGAAUCAUGUAUCAUGUUUUGAAUGUACCGAACUAAUGUGCCAUACUGCCAAAUGAUUAUAUAUAUAUAUAUAUAUAUAUAUAUAUAUAUAUAUAUAUAUAUAUAUAUAUAUAUAUAUAUAUAUAUAUAUAUAUAUAUAUAUAUAUAUAUAUAUAUAUAUAUAUAUAUACAUACACACACACACACACACAUAAAGCCAUCUAAAUAGCUAAAAAGGCACAAUCACUAGCCUAUCAUAUUCAUUAUGUUCUUUGGUGGGAAUAUCACUGAACAAUAUUCUGGUGAUAAACGGUGCUUUUUAUAUACAGUACUUUACUUAUUUUGUAAACUACAUACGGCAAUUUAAUAUUGGGUUUAUUUAGACUAUACAAUACCUUUUACCUUAGCUACUCAUUAGUAAUACAGGACGCCAGGUCUUUGCCUUGCAUGAACACUAGAUAGUAAAGCAAAACUGGAACAUGAAAUGGUGUGGAAUACACUAUUGAUAGUGUACACCUAAUGCUUGUGCAUUUGCCAGGCUCAUGCAGAGUAAAGAUUUGUGACUCAAGGUCAGCAUUGUGCUUUAUUUGACAUUGCCCCAAAGAGCUGCUGCUGCUGCUGCUACUACUACUUUACUACUACUACUACCACCACUUCUUGUACCAUGUACUUUGACAAAAGUUGGCUCUUUCUCAUCUCAAUAGGAAUUACUAUAUAAAGAAACACUACUUAAUCAAAAUGACCUUUCAAAAUCUUUGUGUGCCACAAGGGUGAGUCCAUCUUCCCCAUCUCAUCAUUUGAAUUUCAAGUCAACCACAGGGAGAAAACUUGACUAUUCCAUGUAAAGGAACUUUCUCAUUAUUGUAUGCAAUGUGCAUCUUUGGUUUGUGAUUCUACUUAUUAACCCUUUAGAGUUAAAGACAUUUAAAAAUGAGUAUUGUGCAUACAUGUCCCACGUGGUAGUUAUUCAGUGAUAACAUCUCCGAAUACGCUUUGUUACGUUCUCUUGGCUUCUGCCGUGUCAGACAAGGGAGGGUCAACAGGUACAAAGCUGCCGUAUCCUUCACGCCGCCAUUACCAAGCCAUGUGUUGUAUUGAUGCCAUUUUUAUGGUUUUGCUGUUUGAUAUUCAUGGAUAAAAAUUACAUCCUCUUAUUUUAAUUAUGAGUAUUGUCUUCCAUGUGAUGAAUAUUGAUAUUAGGAGAAUUAGCAGCUUUUAAUUUUUAUUCGAUGGGAAUGUGUGUUGUCACAUCUGAUGAAAUUGUCUUCAAACCAAAGAUAAUUGAUUAGUGAAUCUCAUUUUUUUCUCAUGGGUUAGGGUAAAUAUGAUUUUCAGAUUUUUAACAAUUUGUUUAUUGGUUUAAUCUGAUAUUUGGAAAGAGCAUGAUAUAACUGUCUUCCUUGCCAUUGCAGCUGUUUCAAAUGUAAAUAUUUAUAUAUAUAAAUAUAUCUAUAUAAAACAGUGUUUCUUGACCUUUCCAUUCCUCUGCAUGAUCAUUUGUAAGGCUGCGAACACCUGGGGAAAGCUGAGCUUUUGUAUCCUUAAAAUAGGUAUUAUGAGCAAACCAAAUAGGUUAAGAAAAGUAAAUGAGGAAAAAUUCAAGAAUAAGAUUGUGGUCAGAUCAAAUAAACAUGCGUUUGGUUGGCUGUUGAAUAUCUGAUUGGAUGUUACAGGAUUCAGUGAGGUGAGGAGACUUGGGGAGGAAAAAAAAAAAAAAAGAGUGCCUAGGCGCAGUCAUGUAUUUUACUAGACAAGUGAUAAGAGGAAAGUGUGGUGAUACUGAGUGUAAUUCAACUGCAGGGUGCAGGGAAAGUACUGUAUAAUUUAAUUUUCAGAAGACAAACAAAGCUAAUGCAGCGACUGCCAGACUAAAUACAGACACAGUACCGGAAAAGUUAGGAUGAGACCAUAUCACCUAAACUAUUUAGGGCAGGAAUAAAAAAAUAAAAUUGGAAGCAAAUAAUGAAGUAAUCUUCAAUUUCCAAUGACGUACUACUUCAUUAGUCUAGUGGCGAACUGCUGCAGAUGAUAGAAGAAUUAAACAUGGAAGUCCAUAAUUAGGAUUUAAGAUAAGAAGACAAGUUGUGUUCAGUAGCCACGCUGAAAUUGAACAAUGAGUCAGUUGUGAUGAAGCUCUAAAAUAGUAAAUGAAUAAGUAUACUUUGGACAACCGAUACAAACCAAUUUCACUCGAACUUAAAAUAAAUACUAAAACUGGGCCAGCGUGAUUUUAGAAAACAAGGUAACACUUUGAGGCGCCCUCUAUCCUUCAGAGUCAUGGACACUGACCAAGAUUCUGUGAAGUAAGUUCAGGAGCACCCAAAGAAGUUUGGAGACAAAUGUGAGGAAUCACUAUAAUCAGUGACAUCUCAAGUAAUGGACGGCUUACUCUUUUUAUAUUGCGGCGCCCUUGUCAUUAAGCCGCGAAUUUUGGAAAAUCAACCGCCUUGGUGCGAAUCGCCAUAACUCCCUUAUUUCUGGAGCUACAGUAAAGUUUUUUGGUAUCAAUCGACGGCAAAAUGAAUGGGCUAUAUUUUUUAAUUAGCGACCGGGCUCGAAAA